AAAUACUGACCUUGAACGGCUUGUCAAAUCCCAGUUGUCAUUACGUUAUUUUUGCGAACUAAACCAGGCCGAAAAAGUUGAAAUUCUUAUUUGAAUUUUAUUGUGUUGGGCAUUUAUUUUGUGAAAAUAAGUACCUACGUGAUGGCUGCUAUCAUUCUGAGAAACGCCUGCCGUCGUACUUUGCUGCAGAGCUACAGCCCUGCUGCACCUUUGCUGGCAGCUCGCACUAUUGUUUUGAGAUCGGUUCAGCCGGAAAAUCGUCAGGGUGAAUCACACGAUGACCGAAAUGCUCGGCUGAAGCGUCCGCAGUCACCGCAUCUGACGAUCUACGCACCACAGCUGACCAGUAUGCUCUCGAUUACACAUCGUAUGACCGGCAUGACUUUAGCUGGAUACGCUACUUUGCUGGGUCUAGGAGCUCUGGUUCUGCCACACGAUGCCAACCACUAUCUAACCAUGCUCGAGGGUCUCAAUGGACCGACUUUGUUUGCACUCAAAUUUACGCUAGCCUAUCCGUUCGCAUUUCACGCUACGAACGGUGUCCGUCACUUGUUUUGGGAUAUUGGCAAGUUUCUUAGCAUUAAGGAGGUAUACAACACCGGCUAUGUCAUGCUGCUGGUUUCAGGAGCAAUUGCCACAGGACUUACUUUUUUGUAGAACUUGUCAAUAUUCGAACACAGGUAAAAAAGCAGUGAACGCAGUAAUAUUGCUUUGAAAGCAAGACAUCUUUAAUGUAUUACUAAUCGAAACCAUAUUUAUUUGGAUAAAAAACUGCAAUCGUGUAAUAAAGCGUACUUGAACUUAAAAA